CGCACGCGCGGCCGCUCUUGUGUGUAGAAGCCUCCUGGCGCUCGGCCCUCCGCCCUUCCCCCCGGCGCGCGGUCCCGCCCAGGACGAGCGGCGGCAGGCGCGCAGCGCUGGGUCCAGUGGUGCGGAGAAGGCGAGGAUUACCCUCCCGGAGGCGUUGUCUGCGACUUGGCGGAGGCUCCAACUUCCAGCGGCCCGGUCGGGAAAGAUCCGCCUCUUUGUGUACCACCCAGAUCAGAGCCUCCUAAGAAAUAUCCAGAAGUCAAGCCAUGGAUCCACCUGCACGUAAAGAAAAAACCAAAGUUAAAGAAUCUGUCAGCAGAGUUGAGAAGGCCAAACAGAAAUCAGCCCAGCAGGAGCUGAAGCAGAGACAAAGAGCAGAGAUCUAUGCCCUCAACAGAGUCAUGACAGAACUGGAGCAGCAGCAGUUUGAUGAGUUCUGUAAACAGAUGCAGCCUCCUGGAGAAUGAGGCCCCAGGUUCAAACCAGAUGGGAUCCUGAGAGCUUUGUUUGAGAGGGUGUUGCCAGUUUUAAGCUGAGAUGGCCCAUUUGGAGCCUUACAGAACUAGACCAGAAGACAUUUGUAGAUAAAUCUGAACUCACUUCCUGUGUGUAACUUGUACUUCACUGGUUCCUUCAAUUUGAAUUGGCUGCAUGCCUGCUGAAGAGACUUGUUUUCUUCUUCUAAGACAGUGGUUUUGUUUUUUAGGUUUUUAAAAAAAAAACAAAACACACACACACACACACACACAAAAAACACUUUUUCUAUUGUUUGAGAAAAAUCAGUGUUUCUCAUGAAACUCUAUAUCUUCUCCAAAAAUACAAAUAAAAUACUAAUAAAAUGUU